UGAAGCUUUCUCUGUAAUUCUUUUGGCGAUUGGUUAGAAAUAUGGUGUCUUCUCAGUGUCCUGUUGCAAACAAAAACCAGACUGGGAAGUCGUUUCAGAAACAGCUAUAUUUAUCCAUCAGCCCUCCAAAAUCUGUCUUGAAUGAUAACCUUGAACUUGAAUUCUCUGAUGUGUUUGGUCCAAUACCUGAAGCUAACUCUGAAGAGGCCAGUGAUGUUGCUUACGACGAGCCUGCUGUUGUCUACAGUCGAUCCCACUCGUUGGUUGGCCCGUCUUUGGUUGUUAGCCAUUCUUUGAAGUUGAACAAGCUCACUUUACGAGAGACUGAGGACUCAGUUGACUUGGUGGAGUGUGUUGAAGGUGAAUCUAUUAAAGAAAACGAUGAAUUCUCUGGUAUUGAUGACACUGACAGUGAUAAAGCUCCAGAGGGAGAUCUAGGGGAGGUCUCAGAUGUAGUAGGCAUUGAGGACUUUGAGGUAUUGAAAGUUGUGGGACAAGGUGCAUUUGGGAAAGUGUACCAGGUGAGGAAAAAAGACACUUCUGAGAUAUACGCGAUGAAGGUUAUGAGAAAAGAUAAGAUUGUUGAGAAGAAUCAUGCUGAAUACAUGAAAGCCGAGCGCGAUAUUCUAACCAAAAUCGAUCAUCCUUUCAUUGUCCAACUUAAAUACUCUUUUCAGACCAAGUACAGGUUGUAUCUUGUGCUCGACUUUAUAAAUGGAGGUCAUCUUUUCUUCCAGCUCUAUCACCAAGGCCUUUUCAGAGAGGACUUGGCUCGUGUGUACACUGCUGAAAUCGUCUCUGCAGUUUCCCAUCUCCAUGAGAAAGGCAUAAUGCAUAGAGAUCUGAAACCCGAAAACAUACUCAUGGACGAAGAUGGCCAUGUGAUGUUAACUGAUUUUGGUUUAGCAAAGGAAUUUGAAGAAAACACUAGAUCAAACUCCAUGUGUGGGACUACAGAGUAUAUGGCUCCUGAAAUUGUUCGCGGAAAAGGACAUGAUAAGGCUGCCGACUGGUGGAGCGUAGGGAUCCUUCUAUAUGAGAUGCUCACUGGGAAGCCGCCAUUUCUCGGGAGCAAAGGAAAGAUACAGCAGAAAAUCGUAAAGGACAAGAUCAAGCUUCCACAGUUUCUGUCUAAUGAAGCUCAUGCCUUGCUGAAAGGGCUGCUGCAAAAAGAGCCAGAAAGGCGACUGGGAAGUGGACCGACCGGAGCAGAGGAGAUAAAACAGCACAAAUGGUUCAAGGCAAUAAACUGGAAGAAGCUGGAGGCUAGAGAAGUACAACCAAGUUUCAAGCCGGCGGUUUCGGGAAGACAAUGCAUAGCAAAUUUUGACAAGUGUUGGACUGAAAUGUCUGUGUUGGAUUCUCCAGCAAGCAGUCCAAAUUCUGAUCCUAAGGCCAACCCUUUUUCUAACUUCACAUACGUCAGGCCUCCUCCCUCAUUCCUUCACCGAACCACAUCCAACUUGUAGAUGAACUAUAAUAUAUUACUCUUGCUUCU